CGAGCCUGCUGCCUUUGCUGCCCAGGCACAGAGGGCGAUGCGUCUGACGGAGCUGAACUGGGAAUGCCUCCUGCACCUCUUCUCCUUCCUGGACAAAAACAGCCGGAAGAGUUUGGCCCAGACGUGCCGCAGGCUGCUGCGGGUCUUCCAGGACGCCUCUCUGUGGCCUCUGCUCCACUUCCACUCUCUGGCCGAACUGACCAAGGACAACUUUGUCCUGGGACCGGCUUUGCGGCACCUCUCCAUCUGCUGGCAUUCCAGCCAAGUCAAGGUGUGCAACGUGGAGGAUUGGAUGAAGAACCACCUUCAGAGGAACAUCUGCAGCCUACACAAACACCUGGUGAAUGAGUUUUUACUCCAGGUUUCUAACAGGUGCCCCAGCCUGCGGUCUCUGAAGCUUUCUGGAUGUGGCCACGUCACAGAUGAUUCCAUUGUGCUGCUUCUCAAAAGCUGCCCGGGUCUUCGGACUCUCCAGUUGGAAAACUGCGUCCUGAUCACUGACCAGACCCUGGAAGCUGUGGCUUUCCAUGCCAAUUCCUUACAAACUCUGCACGUGGACUUUUGCAGAAACAUAACAGCUGCUGGGGUGCAGCGAGUCCAGAAGAUGUGCCCGUCCCUGGUGCUCAGCGCAGAAAGAAGCGCAAACAUGAUUCCGGACAAAAGGCCAGGGGUCUGGGCCUUGGAAAGAGGCUUCAAAAGAAUGCUGUGGCAUUAGCCAAGCAAGCGGCCAAGCUGGAGUCUGUUCUUUCUGUUUGCAGAUUGAGAUUCUGUGCGCGUUGCAAGAGAGAUGUAAAACGUGUACUGGAGGUUAUCUACUCAAACCUGCCGUGGAAGUGGCAAAGUGGCUGUUUGCUAACAAAAAUUUAGGCUGUUCUUUUAGUGGACCACUUGACGAACCUGUGGCCUGUUCCAUUUCUCAAACUAGCAGGGAUUACUUUGGGACAUGGAGUUUCUAAAUUAAAAGACAAUACUUGUACCCUCCUUCCUUCCUCAGAUACUCCUUUAGUUAAACAUGCUACAUUUUUAACACAACUAAAAUCCAACAAUCAUAUAUCUCAACUCAUACCGACUUAAUUUUUCUACAUAUGUAUAGUUCUCUAAAUUAUUUAUUAUACAUAACAUAUAUAUUUCCUUCCUUCCCUCCUUCUUGGGAAGAUCAGUUUCAUUUUGGCAAUUGUGAGCAAAAACAAGAGAGCAAAAUCAAAAAUGUAAAAAUUAAAAGCAAACAAGAAAAAUAAAAGCACACAAAAAGGAUAAUCAUCAGAGACCCUUAAAGAAGAGAACUAUUUGUUUCUUGAAUCUGCUUUAUUUGAAUAAGGAACCCUGCACAGGCAUUUCAAAUUAAAACAAAAAUAAAUAUAUGAAUAUUCAUGUAAAACUGUCCUUUCUAAUGAACAAUUAUACACAAUGUACAGCUCUUCAGAUUCACUGGGAAAGGAAAACAAGGCUCCAUUCCCAACAAAGUGCACCAGAAAGGCUCCAUGCAAACUUAUCAAAAGUGAACAAAAAGAGGGGGGGGAAGGGGAAAACUUUACUGAUCUCACUUUUUUGCAUUUUCUGCUUACAGUCACAAAAAAUAAAGACAUCUAAAUCUUGUUACAUUUAGAGUAACU